GCGCUCGCGAUGUAUAUUUUAUUGAAAGAUUAACGAUCGAUCUAAUCUGUGUAUAAUCUAUAUUAUAUAUGUAAAAGGUGGAUAGGUGGAUAAAGCAUAAAAGUUGCAAUUGAAAUCCAGAGACAAAUGAAUGAAUAAAAAAAAGUGUUUUUAUUAACAACAACGGAAAUCCCAUGUACUCCCGUUCGAGCAAUUACGGUUUUUUUUCUUCAUUUGUCUAUAAUAGUUGUUGUGGAAAGAGUUCAAGCAUUUAGGCAAAUUCGUCAUUCCUGACUAAUUGGAAUUUUCAUUCUUUGACUUUUUGCUCUACAUGUAUCCCAUUUAAAGAGCGAAGAGUUUUUUUUAAUGUCGAAAAUAUUGUUUACAAAAAUCCCGAUUUAAUGUAUUUGUGGCUGUAAAGUGUGUGUGCAUACGAUGGAUGCGCGAACGCGACGUAAGCUGAACAAAUUCACUAGAAUCGAUGUUAUUUUUGGAAUUACACGCUUAUUUUGUCGGUGUUUAAAAACGUGAUUGUAUAGAGUAGUACACGACGAAAACCAUGUUCAAGGCGAGAGAAAAAGAAAAAGACCGAAUAACAAAUGCCAAAAAAACAUACAACGCUUGAAAAACAGCAAUCAUAAAAAUUUGUUACUUUUUCGUGUGUCUGGUUGAUGUACAGCGGGAAAAACAGACGAAAAAACGGAGUGAAUAUUUAGUUAGACUUUUACAUGGUGCGAUGAAAGAUGUGCUCUUUGAUUCGAAUGAUGUUGAUUUUCAAUGGAGUUUUCCACAAAUAAACGGAAAACAAAACAGUUUUAAUUGUGUAGCAAAACGUAAUAGGAGUUUCCAAAAAUCGGUUUAAAAAAAACGUCGUGGUUUCAAUUGAUAUUUUUGGGUAGCAACGAUGGUUCUUUUUAAAUUGUGUACGAGCGGUUCGCUCGAUAUAACGAAUCUCUGUGAAAUUGAUGUGAUUAACAUUGGAUCAUCAGUAAUUGCGUGUAUUUUGCUGAUACUUGGCAUUGGAUACAUUCUACAUCAGAAUAAACAAAGAUGCAAAACGCUAUUUUAUUUGCAUAAUGUUCGUUCUGUGGUGCAAUUUAUUCUCUUUCUCAUCAACACAUUCGAAUUGGCUGAAUCGUAUCUGGCUGCUGCCAUUACAGUCGACGAAAAUAUAUCAAUAUCACCAUUACAAAUACCCUACGCUUGGAUGUCAUUCGCUUUAACGGUGUUAGUGAUGGCAUUUGUUCGCGUUUGUGAAAUUUCCGAUAAAUCAGGUUAUCUGUAUUUGUCGGUGCUGUGCCAAAUAUUUGUUUUCGUGACGAAAAUCUAUAAAGUCAUUUUACUUAUGGAAACAUUGGAUUUAAAUGACUUACGUCCCGUUCUGAUUGAAUGCACAAUCGUUGGGCUGAUGCUUUUGGUUCUAUUGGAUUCGUAUACCAUUUAUAUCGAGUCGAGCUUUACAAACGCAGUGAAAUCAACGCUGACGCCGGAUGAACAUAUUGGAUAUAAGCAUUCGCAGGCAACGUUUUUAUCGAAAAUUACCUUUUACUGGUUUACACCGUUGAUUUUACAAGGAUACCAUGAGCCACUUGAACUCGAAGAUUUAGGUACACUUCAUGAAGCAGACACCUGUCGAACCCACUACGAUCGAUUUCAUUUUAUCUACAAAAGCUUUAAGCUGGGGCGCACGCUUGCAGAACAACAAGCCACAAAGCCAUGA